AUGAACCAACAGCAAAUAACGUUCCUCACGAAAGAGGAUCUCACCAACUUGGAAAAUUAUGAGUAUCAUGGAGGAGAAUACACCUUUGUGGAUAAUCUGCUGAAUCCCUUUUGGUACAAAGUAGCCUACGCUUUUCCAGCGUGGUUUGCUCCAAAUUUGAUCACUCUCACUGGUUUGAUUGUUAAUAUAUCUGCGGCUAUGCUGGUGUUGCUGUACGAUCCCUAUCUCCUUGGAAAUGCUCCUGGAUGGGUCUACAUCAACGCUGCAAUCUGUCUCCAAGUGUAUGCUGUGCUUGAUGCAGCCGAUGGAAAGCAAGCUCGUCGUUUGAGUGCCUCUUCUCCUUUGGGCCAGAUUUUCGACCAUGGCUGUGAUGCUGUGAACCUUCUGUUCAUCAUCAUCUGCAGUUGCUCCGCCGCAGGUUUUGGAGUUGGCCCACUAACCGCCCUCACUCUGUCAGUUUUGUACUCUGUAUUUGUCUGCGCACAGCUCGUUGAGUACCAAAGCAACAUUCUCCUUGCGGGCAGCAAGUUCUUUGGUGUGACUGAGACCAUGAUUCUGGUUUCUGCAUUCCUUCUGCUUACCGGCCUGAAGGGAUCCAAAGCCUGGAGCAUCGAUGUUGUGCCGUAUCUCCCCUUCCUCGAGCGAUUUGUUUCUUCCCUUCAAAUCCCUCGCUUCCUUGACAUCUGCCUCCUCACUCUCGUCGGAUCCAUCUGCUUCUUCUACUUGCUCAUCUACUUCGUGCGCGCCUGCCCCAUCCCAAUGGAGAAACGUGGAAACAAAAACAUGGACAGACUGUCCUAUCUCAGCCGCUUAAUUCCCUCUCUGUGCCUCUUUGGAUGA